UAUGUCACUUGAAUUUUCAUUAUUCCAUUCAAACGCAAAUUCGCAUCAAUAGCGAUGUGACCAAAAAUAGAAUACAAUAAAAUGAGUGCAAUAUUAAAAUUCAUCCGUGAAAACCACAUACUGGCGGUCAUAGAACAGGCUAUCGCGAAAAAGAAGUCCCGGUUGAGUUUAAAUUCUUUCGAAAUCAGUGAAAUACCAUCGCUACUUUACUCGUGUUUGGAAGUUGAACAUCUUUAUUUACACAUAAAUAACAUAACAAGUGUGCCAGUGCAGAUAACACAGCUAUUAAACUUAACUACGUUGACCCUGGAUUAUAAUAAUAUAAGUUCUUUGCCCGCGGAAAUCGGAAACUUAAAGAAUCUUAUCAAUCUAAAUAUAAGUUAUAAUCCCUUGCAUAUUUUGAUACCAGAGAUCGGUGAUUUGGAGAAUUUGGAAGCUUUCUGGUGUAAUAGGAUAGGAUUGAGGGAAAUACCAAAGGAAAUUGGCAAGUUAUCGAAACUAGAUACUUUCGGAGCCCGUGGAAAUGAGCUUAAAACUAUUCCUAAAGAAAUGACUGUACUUACUAAGUUGAGAUGGCUGACCCUAGAAUACAACCAAAUAGAAUCUCUACCACCCUGUAUGGAUAAUAUGGAGUCUCUGGUGCACUGCAACAUUAAACAGAACCGUCUCAAGGAGUUCCCAGCAUCCUUGCUCAAGUGUCCCGAACUUAUGUACCUUCAGUUGAACCACAAUCAGAUAACAUGUCUACCAGAUGGUUUCGACGUGAUACCAACAAUGGCACUAGAAAUGAUCGACCUUAGACAUAACCCGAUCUGUGAACUUCCACACCCGGAACAUUCCCUAGUACGCUACACGGAGGAAAUCCCCUCAGUCGUAGUCCAAGAGCUAACUCCUUCAUCAAGCAGUCGAGGCCACGCCGCUCAAGCGCUAGCAGCCAACGCCACAGCUCUUAGACUACCCGCAGUGCCCGCGCCCAGACACGCCGACCCUCUGAUGAUAGCAGACAUAGAGAUAGACGGUUCCUCGAUUGAAGAUUCGGAGGAUUGGGAGAAUAGCGUCAACAGCUCAGAACUAGAUGUUCAGUACCAGAGCGAUGAUGAAAGGGCUGAUAACGAGGUCGUAAAUUUUUUUCAGGCGGUCGGGAUGGUGUUGCCAGAGCUAUCUCGAUAUGCUACCACUGCGAGUUAAAUUCCACUGACAACACUGAACAGCGACCAAACAAAUACAAGCCAGGAGAAAAUUACCACGCGAUUGAAAAAAUCCAAAAAAUAGAGCCAGAUUAGAAACUUGCAAAAAGCUUACAAAAAAUUACUCGAUGAUGUACAAGAUUUCAGAAAAAAAAUCUGAAAACUACCACUACAAGCAAACUUAUUACCACUGGCAACACUAACGCACUGGGAAACAAAUGAAAGCUACCAUUCAAAAUAAAAAAUUGUAUUACCACCACUAAAAGUGGCCAAACAAAAAAGACCAAAAAUGUUGAUAUCCAGAUUAUAAUUUAAUUAAAAUAAGCUAUUAUUUAAACAAAAAACGUUUUUUGUUUUAAGUUAUUUUACAUGUGAUAUCUUAAUUUUUUCAGUGAAACCAAAAUGUGAAUAGGUGAUUAAUCAUAUUUUUUUCUUUCUUUAGACACUUGUCCCACCGCCGACGAGGAAGCGACUAGCUAUCGACAAUUUUCUCGCUCAAGAAACGUACAAUCGAUGUAUGAUGCUGUGUCAGAAAAAGUGAUAAAUAUAUUAAUAGUUGAUAUCUGAGUGUGCAUAUUAUCGUGCGAGAACUCUCUUCUAUC